ACCAGUUGCAUAAGGUGGCCGGAAGAAGAUGGACAACCGCUGCGUUUUAGUUGCCCCCUCGGAUCAGCCCUGUUAACAAUGUCCCGCGCGAUAUUGAGCAUGGUAAUCCCGUGAUCAACUGUCAUAAUGCAGCGAAUCACAAGCUUCGCUACUUGCAGGGACUUGGCGGGACUCGCAGCAGCGCUUUCCUCCAAGACCGUCCAACCUUGGAAGAGGACGUCUAGGUCUGCCAGUUACGCCCCUGCACAUCAGCAGUCAACCAAGUUGCCCUUUGGACAGAGUGUGCGUGGGCUCAGAAGACCACGCAUCGCUGUCUCUCCUUUCGCCGGCCACGUGCACAGACUGUACGGUACGGCUGGGGAAGAGCGAGGGUCAAAAAAAACCGUGAUUACCGUAGUGGGCAUCCCCGACCCCAUCACAUGGAUCCGGUGUAAAUGCGACAUACUUAUUAUCGAAUUAUUAUUUGAAUUAGGUCUCGGAUCGAAGGAGUUUGAAAAUGGGGUGAAACAGGCGGUGGUCCACGCCUCCCAGAUGAUGUCCAGUCGGCAGUUUGCCCAGUUGAAGAGAGUCGCGUCCAACGAGACUGUACAAUACGUCAAGAAGAAAUGUGCGUCGUUGAGUGAGGAACAGCGACAGGCCCUGGCGGUCUCACUGGAAGAUAUCAUAUUCCUUCUGCCUGAGGAAGUGUCCGUGUUGCAAGAUGAUAAUGGCAGGAAGGUUUGCCUCAUCACCAUGAGGCUCUGGUUCCUGUCCAUCCUGGAGGGCCCUGAUGACCAUGAGGCCACCAAGAUCUUCAGAGUGGCCCCCAAUGGGGAUGGCAGCAGCCCCCAGAAGAAGAUAGUCACUGCCGUCUACGAAUUCCGCCAGGAACUGAGGACAGGGAGGCCACCGGAAUGGGAGAUUACCAAUAUAUGGCACUGGCAUUGGACACUGACGGAAUGAUUUGCUUGGAUCACAAGGAGGCUACAUCAUACCAAUUGGUUAACACGGCAUUUAUAUUUAUUCUAUUUAUCAUUAAUGAGAGGUAUUAGAGAUGUAUUCAGAGAUGCUUUAUUUAAUGAUGCAACACUUCAUGUACAGCAAAGCAAUGUCAUAAACCAAAAAAGUGUAUUUUCUUCAAUAUGUUUUCUAUAAUCUACUAUUUUAUAGUAAGAUGAUACAUUUUUCUUACCCACAAAACGUCUCUUCUUGCAGUGAAGAACUCUGUUUACUGAUGUUUUAUAAGUUCAGGCUGGGACCUACAUACUCCCACAGGUGUCAGUAUUCAGCGUAGAACAGGAGGAAUCUUUGGGGGGAACCGCAUAGUUCUCGUUUAAAUUAUUGGUAAGACAAGGCUCUAAAGAUUCAAUAACUGUCGAGCAGCAGCACUCAAGCAUUGAAAAUACACCACAAGGACUGCUGGUAUUCCCCUCUCAAGAAUCAAUAUCUAACUCUUUUUCACUACACCAGAUUUGUAUAUUUAUUUUUUUACACAAGCCCUGUGUGCCAAACUAUUCAACAAGACAAGACAAGAAUAAGUAACCACCACUCUAGAGAGCAAAAUAAUGUACAGCUGUGUUGGAGCUCUGCUUGGAUUCCCUUUCCUGAACAGGAGCACCGAUCCUGAUUAGGAUUCCACUGGCAGACUCCAUAUCCUCUACCCAUCUCUCUUUUCCGAGAGUCUUAGCAGAGUAAGGUCAACCGCAUUUCAACUGCAAGUGCUUUUCAUCUGUGAUGAUGGUCUGUCAUAGAAGGUUCUAGUGUGAUUAAAUGGCUCCUUCGAGGCACUCAUUAUUCAUCAAUGUCCAACAGCAACCAUAAAGUUUAGGGAAACCA